UGAUCGCGAUCGGAUCAAUUCAGUGCGAGUCGAUCUUUCGAGCGCGCAACAACGUUUCGAUCAGUUAAUGGUUCCGAGUGAGUGGAUUGCAAAAUUGUUAUACAGUAUAUUCAACCUGAGCAGUGUGUCUUAACCCGCGCAAGUGCUAUUGGAUCGUUUUGUUCUCUGUGAGAAAAAAAAAUCAUAGUGCACCCGGCUAAUCAACGAUUGAUAAAAAUGAUCUCUAAAAGUGCAACGAUAUUUCUGGUAGCGGCAGUGCUAGUACAAGCUACAUGUGGUUUACCGGCUCCGCAAUGGCUAACUUUCAGAGAUGGAAAAUUCGGAGUCAAUUUCGGCGGGUAUCAUGCUGAGGCUGGACUCGGUGGACUCCUGACCGGGAACUCGGCUCACGGUGGCCUCUCAGCUUCCGCUGGUACCCCCAAUGGACAACAAGCCGGAGCGGGCUUGGGAGGACUGCUCGACGGAAAUGAUCGCAGUGCCGGAGGAGGCUAUGCCGGAGCCACAGCAGGAAGCGGCGUCGGAACAAGCGCAGCCUUUGGCGGAAGUUUGAAUAACGCAGGAAGCGCAGGUGGAUUAGGUGCUGAAGCUCAUGCACCUGGAACGAGUAAGAAGGUUGUUAAAAUUGGACAAACCAACGGAGGGGCGCCGCCUAGUGAGACUACACUAGUGCAUGAGGCACCACCAGCACCCUUUGCAACUCACACCAGAUUCAAUGAUGAAACUAACGUCAGAACUAAGACAAAGACAGUUUUGAAAGAAGUCCAUACUGAUUUGCAAGCACCUCCGGCGAUCCAGCCACCAGCCCACAGCCAUACUAAAACAAUCUACAAGAAAAAAGUAAUCACCCGCCCGCACAAGGUAGCGAUAGUUGAAAGCUCUUAUGAUAAUGGCGCCCAAGGUGGCCAGAUUUCGAACAACUUCGAUCUGAAUCGAUUCUUCGAUUUCCAAGCCUUUUCCAACAUUGCAUCUAGUUACUCACACCCUGCGCCGCCUGCGCCAUCAUCAUUCAAUAGCGUUGCGCAAGUACACCAUCAAGAUUCCGAAAUUCAGAAGGAGAUUCAUCUGAAUACCCGAUACGAUUCAAAUGGCCAUUCUGGAGGUUCUACUCACACUCACACAGUUCAGGCUGCGAACAACCCCAACUUCUGGAACGAUAUUUUCAACAUUCCAAUUUCCACACUCAGUGCCGUUAAUCAGUUUCUGAACAAUAAAUCCGCAGGCGGGAAUAUCCACGUUCACAAGCACACUGAAGUGCAUUAGGUUUACAGUACUUUAUCGUGUUAGUGGGAACAACAGAUAAUAGUGUCGUUUUGUAUCGAAAUAAAAUCAAUGCAAAUCAUCAAUCCAUUAGCGUGAGAUUAUCAAAAUAAGUGAAAUAUAUUAUCAUGAUUUUGUAAAA